GCAUUUUUCGUCGGUCGCAUCAUGGGCGGGUGGUUUUCCAAGAAGAAGAAGGACGACGACGACGACGUCGAGGAGGAAGAGGAGAAAGAAUAUACGAAGAUCGACACGGGGGACUCCACGGCAGUCAAGUACCUUCUCGACGACAAGGUUGUCGAGUUCUUUCGCGAGGAGCAAAAGAACUCCGUCACGAUCAACUACAAAGUGGACAACCUAAAACUGCUGCUGAUGGCGUUUGCCAUUACCGUGUCGGCAGGAACGCAUUUCAGCGGCGUUCCGUUUCCUGAAAGUCGCUACAUCGUCAUCGCUUGUGCUGCCAUUUUCUUCGUUUGCAAUGGCCUCUUAACAAGCUUCAUGUGGUGGGUGGAGAAGGACAUCAUUCUGCGCUUCAGUCUGAAGGACAACGAAAAAUGCGUCGUACGCGCGCAGUUCCCGAAAUUCCAGGAGUAUUACACGGUUGGCAUCGAGUCCUUGGUGAAUUCAAGCAAGCACGUCGAGGAGAAGCUGUACGUUGGGAGGUUCUUUGACGAGGAAGGCCAUUUCGAUGAAGCCACGUUCAAGGCCGAGAUUGGAAAACUUGCGACAAAGUUUGCAAAGGAUAAAACCACAUAAGCACAGCAUACUCUAACGCUA